AGGAAGCUGAGGGCGAACAGGAGGAAGCAUGGGGGUGAAACUGGAGAUACUGAGGAUGUUUCUCUAUCUCUCCUUCCCUGUGGGUCUCUUCUGGGUCUCCAACCAGGCCGAGUACUUCCAGCAUCACGUGGUGCAGCGCAGGAGGGAGAUUUUUCCACCGGACAACCCUGAGCGGCGCAAGGCCCUGGCAGCUCUGAAGCAGCGACUGCGGGAGGGGAAGGAGCCCUGAGACUGAUGGAGGAGGGGCCUGAUCCUGCCCCAUAGAUACGUGGGGACACCAGACCUCAUCCUGCCCCAUGGAUGGGUCCUGAGCCAGCACCAUUGAUACAUGGGGACAAAGGACAUGGGGCCUCAGCCUGCCCCCAUUGCCAAGCCUGUAUCCAGCCCCAUGGAUGCACAAGGGAUGUGGGGCCUCAUCCUGCCCUAUGGACGGGUCCUGAGCCAGCACCACAGACCCAUGGGGACACUUGGCUUCAUCAUCAAGCCCUCAGCAUGGAUGCACUGGGGACAAGGGACACGGGGCCUCAUCCUGCCCCAUGGAGUAGCACCAUGGCCCCACUGAGGACAAUGGAACCAGGGCCUCAUCCUGCCCCCAUUGCCAUGCCCGCACCCAGCACCAUGGAUGCACAAGGGAUGUGGGGCCUCCUCCUGCCCCAUAGAGCAGCAUCAUGGCCCCUCUGAAGACACGGCCUCAUCCUGCCCCAUGGAUGUGCCCUGGACCCAGCACCAUUGUGGACACCCCAGGGGCCACAUCCUGCCCCAUAGAGCAGCACCAUGGCCCCACUGAGGACAAGGGGCCUCAUCCUGCCCCCAUUGCCAUGCCUGUACCCAGCCCCAUGGAUGCACAGGGAUGUGGGGCCUCAUCCUGCCCCAUGGUUCAGCACCAUGGCCCCACUGAAGACACGGCCUCAUAAUGACCCAUGGACAUGCCUUGGACCCAGCACCAUUGUGGACACCCCAGGGGCCUCAUCCUGCCCCAUGGACGUGCUUUGGACCCAGCACCACUGUGGACACCCCAGGAGCCACAUCC